UCCUCUAGACACUGAAAUGUGCGCGCUCAGGGCUCAGAGCAGGUUGCCGAGCGACAGUGACAGCAGCAGCAGCAGGCGUGGAUGACUCUGGCUGACGGCGUCACAGUUCUUCCCCUCUCGCUCUCAGCUGCCGGGAUUCGGGGGGAGAGAUGGGCUGCUGGCCGUGGGCUCUCCUCCUCCCACUCAUGGCCCGAGCCCAGAGUGGCACAGACGGAGUGGACUGCUCAUCGCACAUCAGUGUGAAACAUGAGAACACCUUAACCUGUCAGUUUGAGGAUGAUGUGGCAAACAUAUCUCUAUGCACCUUGCCAGACAGGCCAUGCAAGAUAGGACAACUGAAGGAAAACAGAGUCAUAUUUCAGGACUUGGAAGUUUUGAAGAAAUAUCAGCUUCGUAUCCAGUGGGUAGAUGGGGAACCCACUCAUAUAAAAUAUGACCUCAGGUCUAUAAUAAAGCCCACGGCACCAUGGAUUAUAAAUGCAACAUUUUUGGAGAAAUCAGGAACAGUGCCUAUAUACAUAGGAACGCAAUACCACCUAGAUUACCUGGAUGGCAAACUCAUGUUUGAUCUGGACAUCGCAAGUGCUGAAAACACCGGGCUCAGAACGGAGGUUCCCUACAGCUUUGUGAUUAUUGAGCGCUCACAUCUGAGAUAUAACACAAACUACAGCGUCCGGGUCAGGGCAAAGCCCCACAGGGACUACUUUAAGGGCACCUGGAGCGACUGGAGCCCGUCCGUCAGCUUCCAAACACCUACUCUGCACGACCCUGCCGACUCAUUUCUGGUUUAUACGCUCAUUGCUGCUGCAAUCAUUCUGCUGCUCAUCAUCACCAUAGCGAUUCUACGGUGGCAUAAUGUUAUCAAAUCAUGCAUCUGGCCAAGAAUUCCAAACCCGAAAAACACCUUUCUCCAAAUGUACAAGCCAAAUAAGGCUCUGCCUAUCAGCUUCAACCCUGAGGUUUUCAGCGACCAUAUCAUCCACCUGGUGGACCACAUCGAGGCCAAGGGCAUCGAGCUGGAGAUUCGGGGAGGUGGGUGGGGUAUCUGCGAGGUCAGGGGUCGGGAGAGGGAGGGACUGACCGCGUGGAAUCCUGGCGACCUCGAAGGGAGCAGCUUCCCGCUGAAGCUGAGCACCGGGGAGACGGACGGAGGGGUGACCCAGACGACAAGCCUGCUGAACGGGGUGGGGGGCGUCCGUGCCAGCAGCUGGCCCAAAACCCCCUCAGCCCCCCCAGCAGGACGGAGAGAGGAACCCUACAUCACCAUGUCCAGCUUUUUCAACACCGAAUGAGAGAAGAGGGAAACGGGACGGCAGUAAUCAACAUGGAUGCCAAUUUCCUGUCACAAGGUCGAGAAGCAAGAGCUCAGGGAUGUAUUUGAACUAUGUAUCUGCAUUUGCAUUUACAGCAUAUAUUUCAUAACCAAUAUGCAUUGCUAACCUCUUUUUUGUAUGGUUUAUACAUUUAUACCUCUCACACCUGUAACAGCAAUCUAGCAAAGCAAGAACUCCACCAUUCUGAUUGUAGCUUAUGGAUACAUUUACUGGGAGGUAUUUUGGCCAUCCCUAGUUGCCUGGGUGCACUGCCACUAUUUCACACCAGUUUCAAACACACGGUGUGUGUGCUGCUACUUCUAUAGGCGAGUUCCGUCUGGGCAAAAACCAAUCAUGGUCCCACACCUACUCUGUCAGAUUCACGCUAUUCCUCCAAGGAUCCCACCACGCAACCGGACACUAGCAGUAACACUGUGCUUUUUCAUUGCUGGGGCUUUGAUACAAGAGGAAAAAUGAGUGACCUGGAGGGAGGAUUGAGGAAAGGAAAGAGAAGAGCGAGGAGAGGGAGGAGGAAGCAGAUAAGAGAGGGGGAAGAGGGGGAAGGAGGAGGGAGGCGGGGACCCAGAAUGCCUGCAAUCCCAUUUUCUUCACACUCAUAUACACUUUCCACAUCAGAGUAUGACCCUGGGGACACCCAAAAUAAAUGCUGCUAGGACCAGCCUGGACCAUCAUGACUGAUUAGUUACUCUCUGGGCCACUUAGGAGCUGGGACUUGCUCUCAUGGCAGUUAUGUUGAUUAGUAUUUUUCUGAUAGUUUUAGACAGGGAUGUUCAGCUCCAGUCUUAGAGGGCCCUCAUAUAUACUGGUUUUCAUUUCAAUUCUGACUUAAUUUUAUAAAUAGCUGUAUUCACUUGUUUAUCGGGCCACAGUAAAAUGUUUUCAAGGGUAUAUAGCCUAUAGUGCUGUGGCCUCUUACUUAAUCAAAAUGUUUAAAUCUAAUUAAUUACUUGGCUAAUUAAUAUAAUUAAGAGCAGGAGUUGGCAUGAAAUCCUAAAAUGGAUGGACCCUUAUUGUGCAACUAUGGUUUGAGACAGAAUACAUAUACAGGUUCCAGUGUGUGUAGCAGGGAUCUAAAAUUCAAAUCCCGUUGUGUGUUCACCCAUUUAAGCGCUAGAUUGGCUUUAGUUUCUACAGGCCUGGUUUCCACGGCGUAAAUUGGCUGCUAACUUAAAGGAAACAACAAAAGCCUGCAGAUGCUGUGGGACUGGAAUUUGAGACCCCAAUGGGUUUGUUCACAGAAGUACUCCCUAUGUAAUAGACUGUAGGGGCGACAUAGCGACAUAGCUCAGGAGGUAAGACUGAUUGUCUGGCAGUCGGAGGGUUGCCGGUUCAAAACCCCGCCCUGGGCGUGUCGAAGUGUCCUUGAGCAAGACACCCAACCCCUAACUGCUCUGGUGAAUGAGAGGCAUCAAUUGUAAAGCGCUUUGGAUAAAAGCGCUAUAUAAAUACAGUCCAUUUACUGUACCCUAAUGUGCCAGAAGAAUAACAGAAGACAGUUGACUGAGCUUCACUCUGCACACCCGUGCGCUUACAGUAAAACCAGGAAUGGAACGCACUACUGCAUACUGGGAGUGCUGUUCACGCCCCAACCAUUAGACCUAUACCAUCAAGCCUUUACUGUUUACAGAGCAAGAUAUACCAUGUCAAGGGCAGAUGUCAACCCAUUUAGACUUUCUAUGCCUGGUAUCAAUCUUUAUUUGACUAUUUAAAAAAGAUUUUAUGUGGGUAGUCUGUUGUUUUUGUUCUUUCGGUUUGUUGGUUCUGAUGUGUCUUCUUUCUUUAUAAGCAUUGUGGAUGUACAAUAGAUAGAUUUCAAUGCACAGCAAUUCUGAAUUUAACUGAAAACCUCUUUAUUCAGCAUUAAACUGACUGAUGAUUACUUGAUCUGCUCCACGCGCACUCCAUGUCUCUCUUAUUCUGCUUUUGGUGUCAGAAGUUGAAUUAAACAAACUAAACUGUGGUCAGAUCAUACGAAAAAUGACAAAACAUGGUUUAUGUAUAAAAUGCUAUUCGUGAAUAAUUGCAUGAAAAUGAACUCAGCUAAGGUUAAUUACCCCAUAUGUUUUUUCUUGAUAUGUAGCAUCACAAAGUGCCUUAUCACAAAUUCAAAAAAGAUUGUAAAAAUACUGUAUGUUAGUUCAAUGCCCAUGACUUUUCAGAUUUAAUAAAAAAGUUUCAUCAGUC